CCUUUACCUUAUUCAAAGAGUUGAGACUAACAUUAACACGCGUGUCUUAUGCGUUAUGGAUAUAUUAUCAAUUACAGUGCGUAGUAUGUAAAUGUGGGACAGUUCGUUAUACAGCAAACACAGCAAUGAAGUUUUUCUUUCGGUGCUUAGUCGUGGCAUUGGUGUUUGCAUUCGCUGGCUACCUUGCACGAUUAUCUCGAAUGACAAACAUUUCCAAUGAAGUUUUUGUCCCGCCAGCCAUUAAAGAGCUCAGUCCGUCCGUGAAAUCACCGCUGGUAAUAUCAGUGUGUGAAUCUCCGAAUGGCGAUGAUACUGAUGACAGCCUCGGAUUCACCGACGAGGACACCGAUGCAACCUACAGUAACAGGCUACGCGGUUCGUGGGCUAGACAGCGCUCACAGAUGACAGCGAUGUUUAAAACGCUCCUGUAUUUUAGCAAGGCUCCGAUUUGGCGCAUUAUAGUUCUCACAGACACGAUGGCCACCUUCAAAAAAGUUGUGAAAAUGACUAGCGCGUUUCCACGGCAUCAGAAGGAGCGGUUACGUUUCGAACGCCGAGAGCAAUGGUUCCCACAUGGUUAUCCUGAAAUCACAACUAAUUGGCGACCUUGUGCUUGGGCAAAGCAGUUUUUAGCCGAAGCCCUUCCCGAAGAAGACGCUGUUGUCUUUAUCGACACAGAUCUAAUUUUCUUGGGUCCAGCCGAAGAACUAUGGCAGGUUUUCGAGUUGAUGACGCCUCCCCGCGCGGUCGCCUUGGCCCCUGAAUCCAAAUACAUCGAGGAAUCUCCUCCGCGAGACUACGCGGGCACCGUGGGAAUCAACACGGGCAUCAUGAUCGCCAACCUCACUCGCCUAAGACAGCUCCCGGGAGGAGGACUCGGGACCGCCAUCAUCGCCGAGGGCGCUUUCCUUCCGCUCCCUCGCCAUGACCAGGACGCGCUCAACCACUUUCUAAAACCGAAGCCUCACCUAAUGCUGGAGCUGUCAUCGCGCUGGAACUUCCUCCCGUCGUCGUGCAUGACCCGAGUCCAGCUCUGCCCGGACUGCGUCUCAGCCGGCAUAUUGGCUCUACACGGAGCUGACAUGACCUUCUUCAGAUACGUCGAUGUCAAAUUUAAGAUGAUGUAUGCAAAUCUACUCGAACUCAAUUUCGACGAAGCUCCAUCUGCUCUGCUCGCCCGUAUUCAAGCUCAACUCAACCUCCUGGACAGCGGACGACUCAUAUUUCCGUGUAGUAAUUAUACUGGAUUCAACCAAGCACUGACAUACGGCCUCGCCCGGUUGUAAGGCGUCCGUAAUGUUGUUAUAUUUUCAGUAUGUCUUAGGCUUGCUCAUAAGACGUCCUUGAAGUCUGUAGUUUUCUUUAGACUGUUUUAGGCCUACACGAAAAAUAUUCACAACCUCUUUAGUUUUGUCCAGACUGGCUUAGAUCUACUCCACACAAAUGGACUUUUUCCAAGUGAAUUGGGAAUCCAUUACGUCGGAGACUCUGUGUGAGAGGAAUCAUUUAAAAAUAAUGACUGUGAAACGCGUUUAA